AACCAAUCAAACGCCGCCAAGUGAUUUGCCCUUCUGUUCACUUCCGUCCCUUCGAAGUAACCGCCACAAUCUUGGUAAUUUUGCUGAAGAACAGCAAACUCUAUGGCGAACCAAAAGAGUUUAUUACUAACGUAUAUUAUUUGGCUCAUAUGGGGAUGGCUCGGUCUGCAUCAUUUAUAUCUGGGUCGAGAUAUCCAAGCAUUUAUUUGGUGGUCAACAAUCGGAGGUGUAUUUGGCCUGGGAUGGUUUCGCGACCUUUGGCGUAUUCCAGAAUAUGUUGACGAUGCCAACGAAGAACGGUUUUUCGUCGAAGAACUCAAAAGAAAGAUAAAGCUUAGGGGAGAACCAGCAUUUAGUGUAACCAGAUUUUCAGGACAGAUGCUUGUAGGAUAUUUUUACGGCAUAUUAGUUCGACUAGCGAUACCUGAGGAGGCGAAAUGGCUUCCGGCGUUGUUGGUACCUCUUGGGGUCGCCGUUGGUGUUUAUCUCGUUGGAAACAUUGGUCGAGAGAGGGGAGAUUUUAAAUAUCCUUUGAUGGGAGCUUUUAUUGCUAAUAUAGCUUUGACAUAUCUUACUGGGGACGAGGCUGGUGCAAUGUAUGUGGCUCUAGUUGCUGCCAUUUUUUUCCAAAACCGCCGCCAGUUUAGGAAGGAGAAACCGCAGGGCAAGACCUUAUGCAAGCGGCUACAGUACUUGGCGAUUGGCGGCUUAAUUAUUUGUUCCCUGUGGGGAUCGUUCCUCUAUUUCAAUGCACAAGUCACCACAGAAGAUGGAGAAACUGUAAAGUUACGUGACGCUAUAAAUCACUUCUUCAAUUCACCGGUGUGGCUCGAAUUCAAGGAAGUAUUUUGGGGUCUUUAUGAAGAAGGUCAGAAGAACGGCUGGGACAAUUUCUACGACGAGUUUGUUAAAGCGUUGGAUCCCAGGGGAGAAAAGAACGCUUAUCGUGUCCUAGGGCUAACAGAAGAUGCAACUCAAGAGGAAAUAAAACGAAGAUACAAGAAACUUGCAGUAAAGUGGCAUCCAGACAAAAAUCUAAACAACAAAGAAGAAGCCCAACAAAAAUUCAUGGAAAUUCAAGAAGCUUAUGAAAUUCUUUCGAAACUCAAAACAAAGAGAGCUUCUAAAAACACCAGAACAAGAAGUGAAUUCGAUCAACACGGUCAUGAAGAAUAUUAGUAAAAAUUAACUUAUAGCCAAGUGCAAUUUAUAUUUUAGAUAAUCCAUAGAAACAUGACAAUGAGCAACAGGUGGUUAAACUACAAACUAUUGAUAACAAUAAUGAGUGGUGAUCUGUGAUUCUUUUACCACCUGCUAGAAAAUCUUACUCCAAUACUCCCUAUUUAUAAAUUAUUACUUCUAAAGGUAAUUUAAGGUAGCACUUACAUACAUUUUUUAUGCAGGUUAUUUAUUGCAUUUUUAUGGUGAUGAGCUAUACCAUAACUGACAACACAGAAAAAAUGAUAGUUUGAGAAAAACAAAGUACACAUUUCUAAAGUUACA